AUGGCACUGGCCACCAAGCUACCACAGCGCCCAGGCAUGCCUUUGUCUGUGCUGAAAUGCACUCCAUUGUGUGUGCUGAUGGCCGUAACAGUGUGCGCUUGUACGCUAAAAAAUCACACCAUAUGGAUCGAGAAGCAAAACUGUAGCCAGUGUGUGGCCAUCAACACAACCAUCUGCAGCGGCUACUGCUACACCAGGGACACCAAUCUGAAGGGCCGGUUUGGGAGGUCUUUCUUGAUCCAGCGAAGCUGUGUGCCUCUCUCCCUGAUCUACCGGGCUGUCUUUCUUCCUGGCUGCCCUCAAGAUGUCAACCCACAUGUGCAAUACCCUGUGGCCCGCUGCUGCAGCUGCAGACGCUGUGACACAAAUACACACCACUGUGUCCGCCCCAGACCAUUCUCCUUUGAUCAGUGCUCCAUAACACUGAGCGACGUUGGGAACCACAGCCGGACCUGCAUUGGAAACCUGACAACAUGCUAA